AUGGCCUCUCCAUUCCACAUCUCCCACUAUGACCAGCUGGAGCUGGAGCAUAAUGAGGCCUUCAGCACCAUGCGGGAACAGCUGCGUCGCCAAGAAUCCGGUAUGGAGCGACCGAGUUUCUGUGCCGGCCACCGACUCUCUUGCACGCCCGACGAACAGGAUACCUACCGCUUCCACCGCGACAUCAUCCACACUCUCCUCGUCCCCCUCUUCUUGAUCAACCACCAAGCCGAGCGCACCGCCGCCCGAACCCUCCCCAGCCCCAAGGGCGCCGAACCCGAGCGCGCAUUCCGAGGCGAAGCCCGCUCCGCGUUCGCCUGGCUCAACUGCAUCCUCACCGAAGAACACGACUGGUACCUCACAGCCCGCUGCCCAGCCUGCAUCGUCCAGCACGUUCUCCACUCCGAACCCACCAUCCGCUUCGUGACCGUCGCCUCGCAGCUCGCGGGCGCCCGCUCCGGAUUCCAGUUCUGGUUGACCGCGCUCGAGACCGCCGUCUGCGAAGAUCCCUUCUGGGGCGAUGCAUUCUGGCCAGAUAUCGAAGAGCGCGCCUCCCGUCUGACUGACGGAGUGCGUCAGCUCGUGCGACAAUGCUACGAGCUCACCGCCAACCAGGAGAGCUCCGUCCCCCUGGCCAAGACGACCGGAUCCGUUUACGCCAAUCGCUCUGCGACCUGCACGAUUCCUCUGAAGCCGUCGAGCUUCGCCCGCAAGCAGGUCCGCCUUACUCGGGAAGAGCAACGAUACCGUUCGUCCCUGUGGACGUGCUCGGAAAUGAGACAGCCGCUGGCCGGCUGUAACACUGCCCCCAAGUCCCGGCGCCGGUCGCUGACUUCAUGA